AUGUAUGUAGUCGAGAAUUUGCUAUAUGAUGCCAUUAUUGGAACAGAUAUUAUGAAACAAAUUGGAAUAGUUAUUGAUAUGAAAGAUGAAGCUGCUUACUGGAAUAAUAUGUAUGUAAGGUUCAUAGGAAGUAGUGAUCAAAAUAGCGUCACAUCAAGUUCAUUGUACGGGGUGAAUUUAAUUCAAACAGUUGAUAUUCCAGCUAGAUCAGAAAUGAUUUGUUUUGGAAGAGUAAACGGAGAUGUUAAUGGGAUCAUUGGGAUCAUUGAACCUAAGAGUCAAUUAACUUCCAAAUACAGUGUUAUACCGGCAAGAGUUUUAACUAAAAUAUGUGACAAAGAUGUUGUAUUUAAGGUAUUGAAUCCAACUACAAAAAACGUUAAACUAUUCAAGGAUACAAACAUUGGCACGUUUGAGGAAAUUAAUAAAGUUUUAGAUGAGGAAUAUGAUUCUGACAUUGUACCUACUUCUAAUGUUGUGAAUUCGUUAUGUGAAGGUAUUUCUGAGGAAAGGAUGCAGGAUGUGCAAGUGGAUUGGGACCAGUUAACUAAAUUAGAACAGGGACAAUUAAUGGAACUUUUAAAUGAAUUCAGUUAUAUUUUUGCUAAAAGUGAUAGUGAUUUGGGUAAAACCAACUUAGUUUCGCAUAGUAUUGACACCCAGGGGCAUGGUGCUGUCAAGCAGCGCCCGUACAGAGUUCCGUUUUCACAAAGAAAAGAAAUAAGGACACAAAUUCAAGAUAUGUUGGAUCGAGAUAUUAUAUGA